AUGCGGCCUGAGAGAUGCGGCGAGUGCGGAGAUGAUUUCGUCUGGGACAGCGACGCAGGGUCAGCUGUCUGUCCCACCUGUGGGACUCUCCAGGAUCCAUCCCAGGUCGUCCUUGAUGCUCACAUAGAACAGGAGGACAAUGCCAAGGAGCGUAACGCUUUCCCUUUCUAUCAACGCGCGACUCUCAAGAAUUUUCGAAAUGCGCACGGUUGGGACUUAGCCGGCCAGGAGAAGCAGGCUGCUGCUGAGAGGAACAAGAUUGCCAUGCGUGGGUUCACUACAACCCUGGCGCAAAGGAUUGGACACCCCUCCCUCGCUGCCCGUGCAGUAUGCCUGUUCGAACUGGCUAUGCAACGAGGUCACUUCCGUUAUGGUACAAAAGCACGUCUUGUGGCUGGUGCUUCCCUUGCCAUUGCUCUUCGCGAGAGCGAGAAGGGCGAAACCGUCAGAGACAUCGCAUACCUAUUGAAUGACAGCCAUGUUGCUGUUGCUCGUGUCCUCACAGCGAUAACCUCCCUUCUUGGUGUCAAAUUAGUGUCCGUAGACCCUAGUUGGCAUCUGCCUGGCUUGCAGCGACAUCUCGUCAGUCUCCUUACCGAAGGGUCCCCGUAUUUACCAAGGCCUCUCGUCAGGACAUUGAAGAAUAUCCAUUUCCCAUAUGCCUUUCGCCUUGCAACAUCAUUGUCUGAGCUAGUCUCAAGGGCAGGAUUUCUGGCUACCCUUCCAUCCCCUGCAACCGCAUGUGCGAUCUAUAUGCUUGCACUGGAAGGUGAAAAUUUGGAUUCGCUACCGCAAUGCGGAGCUCUUGCGAGGAUUCUAGGCAAUAGGCUCGGCAUUAACGCGGAAGCUGUCAUGAGGCGUUACAGAAGCAUUCAUGAGAAAAUUGAGGACUGGGCUACCGAGAUCCCCUGGGUGGACUAUGCAAAAGAGCCAACAAAGGGUAAAGCAAGAGCCAAGGUUGCAAAAAAGGUUGGUCUCGCAAGGUGCCUCAAGGAUGUUGUGCAGUCCCAAGAGAGCAAAUGGAAAACCAAGCUGGAAGCUACCGAGUCUUUAGGCUUUUCAAGUGACGUUAGAGAAACUGUGAGUUCAUCCGAGAUCAACUCAGUUAGCGAAGUUGACCUCCUGCAAAACGAUGAAGCAAUGCGGCCAGGGCCAUCCCGUCCUCGAAAACGCAGGAAGAUUACUCCCAUCGAUGACGUGUCUCACUUUCUUCUCUCACCAUUGCGUGCACGCCCGACAGAGAAGCCUUAUAUCGAUCACUUGCCUAGAUUAGAGGCAGUUUUGCACAUGCUUACCUCCGAAUUGCCUUCAUUCAACCGACCGCCGACGCGUCUACAGCUUCUCGCGGCCUCAAAACCUAUCGAUGACAUCACAGAUGAAGAGCUUUUUGAAGAGGGCGAACUGGAAAGCUUCCUACGCAGCACGGAAGAAAAGGAGGCUCUCAUUCAAACUUGUGAUUGGGCCCGAGCGAAGGACGAUCGCGAGGCUGAUAUGGUAGAAGCAUGCGCAAGUCGCGUGCAAAGGGACACACGUACACGCAAUUAUACCUCUCGGCUCAACAUAGAGGCUUUAAGCAACGUAUUAGAUGAGAAGGACGCAGUCGAUUGGAUCGAGACCACCGACAAGGAUGACGAUGGUGACGACAACUGGGCCAUGAGUCUUUUUUCGAGCCAGAUUAUGGGGGAACAUGCCAGGGGUUCCGAGGAUAAUCCAUCUGAAAUGAUCCCUAUUGCUAAGGAUGACUCACAGACAUCCUUCUCAGCGACAGACGAUAACGGCGAAAUACUCGGUCCUUGGAGACCUCUGUCUCCUGACAGUAAAUGA